GUAGGGGAGUUCGUGGAUGUGCAUGGCAUCGGGCAUAGCAUCGUGCGUUGCAACCGCUGCUGUCGCACGGCAAAGGAGUGCAACUACAGGAUCAAGGCGAAGGGCCAGUCGACUUACCAGUGCGACGCGUGCAACACGAACGGGGUGCGCCUUUCUCGGAGGUUCGGACAGUGGCCGCCAAAGUGUUUCGCCAAAAUGAAGAGUGAGUUCAAGCAGCAGUUCUACAAGGAUCUGGCAGAAGAUCCUGGGCUGUCGAACCUCGAUCGCAUUGAAGCCUUCGUGGUCAGCUCAAUCACUGUCCAACGGAUGGAGGAGGAGCGCGUCCGCAAGGGUGGCAAGUACCUUCCGCUGAGGAAGUGGGCGCACGACGGCUUCGACGCGAAAAAGAUUGAAGAUAAUGUGCAGGAUAAGAGGUGGAACCCUGAUCUCGGGGAGUGGACGUACAGGCCGCAAUUGGAGGCGGCCUGGAGCGAGACAGUGGAGGCCGCAGUGCGCAACGAGCUGUACACCGAUAAGAGGACGCAGGCGAAGCAGAGCGGCCCGCGGGCAGCGGCCUCGACGGGCGUCGCAGAGCACGGCGGCGACAAGGGCGACAGAAGCGACGAGAGCGACAUGUCCAGAUCCAG